UGUGUGUACAGAACAGGAUUUUUUCUAGUAAAUGCACAAUAUUUAUGAUUAUGCACAAUGACAAAGAUCUUCCCACCUUAUUACAAAUCACAAAUUCUUGCUUUCUCAGGUUUGCACAGAUUCACACACACACACACACACACACUGAAAGGAUUCAAGUCGAACAGUGAAAACAGUGAGUAACCCGAGCAGAUGGCAUCAAUCAGCAAUAAGCAAUAAGUACCGGAAGACUUCAGCUUUCACAGGCUGGUUAUGGGGAAAGAGACAAGACUUCAUGUUACACAACGAGAAUACAUAAAACCAACAAAUCACAUAUUGUCUCACUUUAUAAUUACGAGCCUGUCCGAAUGUGUGCGUUGGCAGUGUUCUUGUUUUUCUGUAUGUGUGGUGUUUUCUCCAUCAGGAGCAGGUCGUGGAACAUCAAGUAUUUGUAUAUGAAAAUUAAGUCCCUGAUUAACUUUCUCAACCCUUCAACAGUGCCUCAUAAUUGUUUUUCUCUCCCUUAAAUGUCUCUCUGAAAAAAUGAACGUUGCUAUAUUCUAAUAAGCCAAGAUCAGGCAAGGUUGAAAUUGAAGCUUACAGAUGUGCAUAUGAAUAAGCUAAUUGAGGUGUGCACUCAUGUGUGUGUGCGUGCAUGUGUGCGUGUGUGUGUGUAAGGAUGGAUUGUUUUUGUUAAGGGGAUGGCUGUGUCAAAAGACACUCAGCAUCUGAGAAGAAGAGGAGAAGUUUGCCAACAGAUUGCCAGACUGAUGCCUGAUCAAACACUGGCUGAUUCUUCAUACUUUCCAAUAUGCCUGCCAUUGUCAACCUGCUCUUCAAUACAGUGUCCACCAACACCACCAUCUCCUUCUCCCUGGUGCUGCCUCUGGUCAGCAUCGUCUCUCUGUUGGUGGGGGUUGGAGGUCAUCUGCUCGUGUGGUUGGUUUUAAUGCGUAACCCACGGAGACGUUCCAAGCCCAGUUCGGUCCUCCUUUUGAACCUGAGUUUCGCUGAUCUUUGCGCUUUACUCACCCUGCCCUGUGUGCUGCUGAGUGCCAGCUCUCAGAACUGGCAGCUGGGCGGAGAAGUUUGCGUGCUGUUGAGUUUCAUGACCUCUCUGACCGCCGGGGUGGACAUCUUCAGCCUGGCUGCGCUCUCGGUGCUGCGUUACCGGAUAGUUGCACCGUCGACCCGGCCCCCUGCAACCCCUGCACAGGUAGCUGGCACAGUUGCUGUUAUCUGGCUGGUUUCCAUCGCCAUGGCUCUACCUAAGGUCACCUACAUCCAGUUUGACAGCGGCUGCACUUGGUCGGUGGGACGUGGUCACUGGCUAGGCUUCCUUGUUCCUGCAUUUCUGGUGUACUACGUCGCUCCUCUGCUUUGCAUCGCCCUGCACUGCGGCCUCAUCAUCACACACCUGUACCGGUGCCGGGGCACGCUGGCCGCAGACCACCGCAAUAAAAAAGCCACCGCACUUCUCAUCGGCUCCACCUUGGUGUUUGCCAUCAGCUGGCUGCCCUACUACAUACUGGAGUUUGUGAACGUUUUGUCGCCAUCCCUGCAUUCCGUCAGCUCACCGGUCGAUUGGCCCGUAAGCCCCGCCUCCCCGUUGGAAUCAAGUACGGAGGUGUCACUGCUCUGGGAGGUGACUUCGCUGUCUGCCAUCCUUCUGAUUUGUCUGGCACCUUGCUGGAACCCGCCACUCUACUUCCUGCUAUCUAAGCCAGCCCUGAGGCAACUGAGAGCGCUGCUACCCAAAAUGCACAAGCGCUGGAGAGCCGCUACCUUCUUACAGCACGUUGUGCCAAAACACGCUCCCACACAACCCCACUCACAGCCUGGGUCUCAACACGCUGCGCAGAUGCUCCCAGUAACACAAGCGCAAUGAGAAUCUCUUACACGCACAUCCACUCAGUACAGUCUAGAGGCGGCACGCAAGACUGGUGGAUGGCAAACACACCCACAUGCAUGCGCAAAGUACACAUACACACACCCCACACACAAUGACAGGUGUUUUCUGUUUGAGCAUCCUCAUCUUUUUCAUGGUGGCUGAGAUUGUGAGUUGCUUAGUAACACUACAGAGAGGGUAGAAGCAUAAGACCAUGGACCUCUGCAUUUUAUACUCAGCAUUACACUUGUUCAAGCACACCAGCUGCUCCCUCUUGCCAUCUCUCCAAAUCUCACUCUCUCAAGCUCUCUCAGUCACACAAAAAUUGCUUCUUGCCCUCGUACCACAGCAGAUUUUCAUCACCGUUUAACAUCAGCAUGUUCUUGACAACAUAUGCAUUCGUUUUAAUUUGCUUGUAAUCGUGUUUUGUGUUUCUGAUCGCUAGUGUGGUGAAUAAUCAUUUAGUUUUGUGUUGGCUGGCACUGUAUAUUAAAUAAAUCGUCUGUAUAAAGUAAAUGUAGCUCAUCACUGGUGUCAAUAUGUUCUGUAAUGGCGGCCUUCAUCAGUUUUAUGUGAAACGUAAUGCACUGUGAUUUGCAUUGGAAAAGUGCAUAAUGAUUUCCCAUUAAUGACAGAAUCGCACAGAGCUUUUCUCCAAACUGUGUCACCUGCUGAUGAGUCAUCUCUCUUUACAGGAUUUUCACUCUAUGCUACUGUAUGUUGUAGCCUGAUGUGUAAUAAAAUGGGGAUCUGAAUUGAUCCUACAAUUUUC